UUGAGGUUUCGAAUUUAUGGAUAUCUUACUGGACUUAUUGGCUGCUAAGACUUCGGAAACUAUCCUGAUCGAUAAUUAUGCUAGUCAUGGUUUGAUAAUAUUUGAUGGUAGUACUUUAUGGUUUAUUGCUGGCUUAUAUUCGGGGACUGAUGGAAAAGCGUACUGUAACCGACAAAUUAAACUCUCUAUUGAUCCACCUUUGCCGUCGGAUGAGAAAUUUAGAGCAAUGUUUGUCAACCGAAAUGGUAGCCGUGUAGCAUUAUCGAGUGCACAUUCGGUGUUUGUAAUCGAAAUACCCAAUGAUUGUUGGUGCCGACAGUCAGUAACACGAAAUCCUUUAUUAGACCAUUUGCAACCCACCUAUCUUUGCAAGAGCCAAUUUGUUGGCUCUCACACUAGGUCACCAAGUACUGCAAUUGAUGUUCUUAAAAUACGGUGGUUUUGGAAGAGACGACAUGAAUCUGGACAUCGUGCUUACAACAGAUUGGCUAUUCUUUGCAGUGGAAAUGUUGUUAGAAUUUAUGAUACUGACAUUACCUGUGCUACGCCUACAAUUGUGAUCGAUUUUAAGUCACUUCUUGGGCUGAGCGAGUCAAGUUGCGGUCGCUCAUUUGGCGUGCAUAAUUAUAUCGCCUCAUUCGAUUUUGGGCCGUCAUUUAUUCGUGCGGAUAAUGAAAGUGGUGCACAAAUUAACCUAAAAACAUUGUUUGCUAUUGAUAACGAUUGUGGUGAUAUUUAUAUUGUUGUUUAUUCGGAAAAUAGAAUUAUUGAGAUGCAGGGGCCUCUUGCACUGACUGGAACAAUACCGGGUGAUCCUGCUUGCAAUGGUGCCUUCGAUAUGCUUUAUAUACAAUAUUGUGAAAAAACGUCGUUACCAGUUUUCUCGUUAAUAUCUGCUAAAGGAUGUAUCAUGCAUUUUCUCGCCUUAACACUGGAAGAGGAGACUUUCGAUGUGCACAUGGAAUUUAUUCUUGUUCCCUAUGAUAAUAUUUUAUUACCUUGCAAACUGCUUGCUGAUAUUUCAUAUUGUUUACAGAAUGAUCCUGUGCAAUCUGGUCAAUAUUUUGUUCUUUGUGGAGCAAAUCUUUUUUCUAUCGAUAUUAAUCCAUGGGCUCAUUUGCUGUCAAAUUUUUUGCAAAAAAAUGAAAGUUGGGGGAAAAAUACAAACAAUUUACCUGAUUCGAAGAUCCAUCACGUGUUUGCUGUUCUGGGAAGUACCGAAGCAAAAGGAUUGGCAGAUGCUAUAACAUUUGCUACUACUGCUUGUGUUACCAGUGAUAAAUCUCCAGUUUCUAGUGAUAUUUGCAAAGCUUUUGGUGAUAAAGAUAUAGUUUAUAUAGCGAUUACUUCUUCAAAUCAGCUGCUUCAUAAGUUCACAAAGCUUGACGCUAUUUGGCAUGGUAAACGCGCAGUAGUUAGACGACAUGAUAUACCUGUUGAAGCGGGAACUCAGGAUUGUCUUCUUGAAGAAUGUCUGAAAAUCCUUCAAUCUCAAAUUGCAAUACCAAAUUUCAGAUUAAAUAAAUCGGUGACGGAAGCUGAAGCUAUAGCAGUAGCUAAUGGCAUAGUGGAAGCCUUGGUGGAAAACAUGAAAGUCACACAAGUUGCUUUCAAAAGAGUUCAGGAUAUAAUUACUGAAGAUAUCAAAAAUUUGGAAACAGUAAACAAUAAUAAAUCAAUGUGUACCGAACGUUUAUUACGGAUACUGUCUACAUAUGUUGAUCUGAGAAAUCGUAUAUAUAAAAUCCAGAGGACAGUUGCACAAUUGAAAAAAAGAAGUGAAGAGCUUGGCUCAGGUCUUGUGCACAAAAUGUUUCCUUUAACAGAAUCAGAAAAAGCUAUGAAGGAUAAAUUGGAAACGUUACGCAUCGAAGUUGAUGGCACCACGCGGCAGUUACCAUAUCUUGCAAAUGAAGUAGCAACCAAACGUCGUGAUCGUUUUGGUCCUGUCCGUUCAUUUUGCGCAUCGAUGAGUGCACAGAAGUUUAUGCUAUCUAAAAACACAGAAGAUAUCAAUGGAAUGGUUAGUUGGACCAAACAGCUCAUCAAAAAAAUUGAUUCCAUACAGGCCAGCAUAGUUGCUGAGGAAGCGCUUUCUAGCUCACCGAAGCCAAGACCUCAAUGUGAAUAAAAAUUGUCAUAACAAGGUCAAGAACGCGAUUUUAAGACGUAUGGUUAGUUCCUCAUUAUUUUGGUACUAAUGUUUUUUAAAAAACAGUGUGUGGAAAAGACAUGAAAUCCUCAAAUACAGACUACAGGAGACAGUACUACCAAACGUCUUGAUCGGAAGGGCUUUAAUAUAGUUCUAGAUUUUAUGUUCUUAUCUGUUUUUGAAAUGAUUGCUACACAUGUCUGAUUUUCAUAUGUUAUAAACAUAUCUCUGCACAGAGUAAAUUCAUUGAUUAU